GUUUACAUCUCAACAUACACGAUACCAUGAUCGCGGACAACCCGUUUGAGCCACCGCGCGAGCCCCCUCCUGCGCACAUGGGCGCCGAAGACACGCCGCGGCGCCGCGUGCAGUGGGACACGGGGCAUGUUGUUGACAUGGCCGAGAAGGACAGCGACACACUGCACGAACCCGAGCAAGAGCGCGGACACGAGCACGGGCACGAGCACGCGGCGCCCGGGCGCGGGCAGAAGCGUACCCCGGACCUGGGCGCUGUAAACCGUGCCCUCCAAGGUCUCGACGACUACGGCUACCGCGUCGACGCUGAUCCAGGGGAUACACCGGCGGGGGAGGAGAUGACGAUCCACCGGCUGCUCAAGCCUGAGGGGGCGGAUCACGUCAGCCAGCACGUCCAGCUCGGCGAGACGGACGGCCUGCCGACCUAUAGGCCGGAGGAUGACGCCGCAGCGUUGGUGGGCGAGCACACCGGCAAGCGGGGGCGGUGGUCUUCGCUGCGCCGCCGCGUGCGCAGCGGAUCGGUGACGCGCAAAGGGAGAGACGGGGAGCACGAGAAGCUCGAAGACCUCGACAAGCUGCCCACGGUCGGCGAGCACGCUGAAGGCAAUGAGCCGCGCACCUCAGCCAACCCACCCCUGGCACCGCCCCAGCCACAGCUUGGGAUGCCACAACUGCCAGGAGGCACAUCGGUGCUGUCCUCCCUGCUUGCGCUGUACAGCACACAGCGCCAGCUGGACAGCAUGCCGGCGUCAGCGGCGUCCACGCCGGCAAACUCGCGCCCGCCGUCGCCCGACCGCGAGUCGCCCGAGCGCGGGCGCAAGGAGGGGCGCAAGCGCUCCAAGAGUCCGUGGCGGCGCUCGACGAGCGGCACCCCGCCGCGCACAGGCACGCCAGACGAGAUGCGGCGCAACAAGUCCGCGCAGUCGCUCCUGCGUGUCGUAAACGACCUGCGCGACGACCGGCCUCGGCAGGCGCGCUCUGGCGCGGGCGUCUUCGGCGCCCUCGUCGCGAACACGGCGACGAUGGCGGCCCCCGCCGCCCCGGCGUCCUCGACCCUCGUACCCGCCGCCACGAAGCGGGGGUACCACCUCAACCGGUACUCGUUGAAGGAGAGCCCGCUGCCGUCGCCGCGCGCGAGUUUCGUCAUGUCCCGCCCGUCCAGUCCGCUGGGACACGAGUCGCCGCGCACGCACCCGUCGAGUGUCGACGAGCGCGCUGCGUCGAGCGACAACCUCGUCGAGAUGAAGCGGCGGCGGCCGCGCGCACCCAUCCUUGCCGCGCGCAAGGAGCGGCCCUCGACGCCCGAGCAGGCCGAGGACGAGCGCCGGCGGCGCGAGUGGGAGAGCGAGAAGAAGCGCCGCAAGAAGGCGAAAGAGGCGCGCAAGAAGCAGGAAGUGUACAUAAUCCAGCAUGUGGCGGCGAUCCUCUAUCGCCAACAGUUUAUCAUGAAACUCGCGCGCGCGCUCAUGAUGUUUGGGAGCCCGACGCACCGCCUCGAAACGCAGAUCCAGGCGACGGCGCGCGUGCUCGACAUCUCCGUCCAGGUCGUCUACCUGCCCAACAUCGUCAUGAUCUCGUUCGCCGACGACUCAACGCACACGUCCGAGACCAAGUUCAUGAAGCAGGCCGGCACGGUCGACCUUGGCAAGCUGCUGACGACGCACAACAUCUACUGGGCGGUGGUGCACGACAAGAUGAGCGUGGAGGACGCGGGGCGCGAGCUCGACCGCCUCAUGACCACGCGCCCAUGCUACAACGCAUGGCAGAUGAUCCUCAUCGCCGGCUUCUGCUCCGGCAUUAUCGUGAUCACGUCGUACUUCGGCUCGUUCCUCGACGCACUCAUGGCCGCGCCGCUCGGCAUGCUCCUGCAAGCAGUGCAGCUGAUCGCGCUGAAGAACGACCUCUUCGGGGGCGUCUUCGAGAUCGUCAUCGCGACCGUCAUCAGCUUCCUCGCCGCCGUCCUCGCGUCCACCCACUACUUCUGCUACACGGCGCUCGUGAGCGGCGGGAUCGUGCUCAUCCUCCCCGGCUUCAUCGUGCUCUCCGGCGCGCUCGAGCUCGCCUCGCGCAACAUCACCGCCGGCGCCGUGCGCAUGGGAUACAGCGUCAUCUACUCCCUCUUCCUCGGCUUUGGCAUCUCCAUCGGCUCCGAGGUAUACGUCAAAAUCCGCGGCCUCCAGGUCGAGAACGCCACCAACAACACCUGCUCCGCGAUGCGGUACGAAGGCCAGCCAUGGUACCUCUCCGCGCCCAGCCCGUACUGGUACUUCUUGACGGUGCCGACAUUCGCCCUCUUCCUCUCGCUCAACCUCCAGCAGCCGCUGCGCCGCUCAGGCCGCGAGCUGCCGAUCAUGGUCGCGUUCGCCUGCGCCGGCUGGGUGACCAACUACUUCGCCGGCCGGGCCUUCCCGGGCCGCUCGGACAUUGUCUCUGCCAUCGGCUCGUUCUGUAUCGGCAUCCUCGGGAACCUCUACGGAAGACUCAGCAACGGCGCCAGCUUCCCCGUCAUGGUCACCGGUAUUCUUAUGCAGCUCCCCUCGGGUCUCAAAGAGGGUGGCUUGUUCAACUUUGCCAACGACACGGGCGCGGGAAGCGUCACUCAGUGGUCGACCGGCUUCAAGGUCGCCGGCCAGCUCGUCAGUGUCGCCAUCGGCCUCACCGUCGGCCUCUUCGUCGCCGCCGUCGUCAUGCACCCGCUCGGCGGGUCGAAGCGGCGCGGCGCCGGCAUCUUCUCCUUCUAAAUGCUCUUGCUUAUCGCGCAUUGCCCACAUUGCCACAUGCUAUGCGGGCCGAGGACUUUACCACCACCACUACUGUAUUUCUACAAUUCAUUAUGACAUGUUGUGACACCGACG